UUUUUUUCUCUACACAGGCAAAACCAUCUCUCUCUCUCUCUCUCUCUUGUUGCCUUCCUUCCUAUUAUCUUUACUACAGUGCAGAAAAGCCAUGCCUGAGGCCCCCAAAAAUAGCUUGAUAUCCUCAGAUUAUAAUCUUUCUGAAAAGAACAGGAAAACCCUUCAGUUUAUUGAAGAUGUUACUUCAAACCCUGAUGAGGUUCAAAAGAAGGUUCUUGAAGAAAUCUUGACUCGCAAUGCUCGUGUUGAGUACUUGCAGAAACAUGGCCUGAAUGGCUAUACUGAUCGUGAGUCUUUUAAGAAAAUCAUGCCUGUUAUUGCUUAUGAGGAUAUUCAGCCUCAUAUCAAUCGUAUUGCCAAUGGUGAUACCUCUCCAAUCCUUUGCUCUAAGCCCAUUUCUGAGUUCUUGACAAGCUCUGGUACUUCAGGAGGGGAAAGAAAGUUGAUGCCAACAAUUGAAGAGGAGCUUGGAAGAAGGUCACUGCUUUAUAGCCUAUUGAUGCCUGUUAUGAACCAGUUUGUUCCUGGCCUAGAAAAGGGCAAAGGAAUGUACUUUUUGUUCAUCAAAUCCGAGGCUAAGACACCAGGUGGGCUUGUGGCUAGACCAGUUCUAACCAGCUACUACAAAAGUUCCCAUUUCAAGGACAGGCCUUUUGACCCUUACACCAACUACACUAGCCCAAAUGAAACCAUUCUUUGCCCUGAUUCUUAUCAAUCUAUGUAUUCCCAAAUGCUCUGUGGUCUUUGCCAACGCAAUGAUGUCCUUCGGGUCGGUGCCGUUUUCGCCUCCGGCUUCAUUCGGGCUAUCCGGUUCUUGGAAAAGCACUGGCAACUUCUUUGUAAUGACAUUAGAACUGGAACAGUCAACCCACAAAUUACUGAUCUUUCAGUUAGAGAAGCAGUCAUGAAAAUCCUUAAACCAGAUCCAAAACUUGCUGAUUUUAUUGCAGCUGAAUGCAGUCAGGAAUCUUGGCAAGGGAUUAUAACAAGGCUUUGGCCUAAUACCAAGUAUGUGGAUGUUAUUGUGACUGGGACCAUGUCACAAUACAUUCCAACCCUUGAUUACUAUAGCAAUGGCCUGCCUUUAGUUUGCACUAUGUAUGCCUCUUCCGAGUGCUACUUUGGUGUCAAUCUUAACCCUCUCUGCAAACCAAGUGAAGUUUCUUAUACCCUUAUUCCUACCAUGGCCUAUUUCGAGUUCUUGCCUGUCCAUAGAAACAAUGGAGUCACCAACUCCAUUUCUAUUCCUAAAUCACUUAAUGAGAAAGAGCAGCAAGAAUUGGUUGAUCUUGUUGAUGUCAAGCUUGGCCAAGAAUAUGAGCUUGUUGUCACUACUUAUGCUGGACUUUAUCGCUAUAGAGUAGGUGAUGUGCUGAGAGUGGCUGGAUUCAAGAACAAGGCACCGCAAUUCAACUUUAUCUGCAGAAAGAAUGUGGUGUUGAGCAUUGAUUCAGAUAAAACAGAUGAGGUUGAGCUACAAAAUGCAGUUAAAAAUGCUGUGAACCAUUUGGUCCCAUUUGAUGCAACAUUAGCUGAGUACACUAGCUAUGCAGACACCACCAGCAUUCCAGGCCACUAUGUGCUAUUUUGGGAAAUUACCCUCAAUGGGUCAACCCCAAUUCCCCCUUCAAUCUUUGAGGACUGUUGCUUGACUAUCGAGGAGUCACUGAACAGUGUGUACCGCCAAGGGCGUGUUUCUGAUAAGUCAAUUGGACCACUUGAGAUCAAGAUUGUCGAGCCAGGUACCUUUGAUAAGUUAAUGGACUAUGCCAUCAGCUUAGGUGCAUCCAUCAAUCAAUACAAGACACCAAGAUGUGUGAAAUUUGCACCCAUUGUUGAGCUUUUGAACUCGAGGGUUGUCUCAAGUUAUUUUAGUCCCAAGUGUCCAAAAUGGGUUCCUGGUCACAAACAAUGGGGCAACAAGAAUUGAUUUACAAGCUAAAAAGAGAAAGACUUGAGUUCAUCUUGAAGGUUCAUAACAACUGUUUUUGUGGUCUCAAGGGAGAAAUGUUUAAGGACAUCUUUUUAGGUUAACCCAUGUUUCAAUGUUUUUCUUUCUUCUUUUCCUUUUUUCCCUUUUCUUUUCUUUGUUUAUUUUUUUUUUAAAUUUGUACUUCUUUAAAUUUUUUAGCCUUUGUUUAAUAUGCUUAGAUACUUGAAUUAGCAAUGUACAAAAACAGUUCCUGUUUCAAGGAAAUCUUCUUCUUUUCU